UUGUCGCAGCGCUGUCAACUUGCUACCUCAAGUGGCAGUUUUUUCUCCACGAAAUAGCCACACGCGCUCUACAAACCUUUCUGCCUUGUGCGGUGUUAACCUACCAAAGCAGGACGCCUAACACUAACGAAAUGAAGCUAAAAACAUUCGCUGCAUCCAUCUUGAAAUCGUUGAAGCUUCGCGGCCUACUUAGCUUAGCUUAGCUUAGCAUAGUUUAGCUCUUCUUAGCUUAGUUUGCGAACAAAGGUAAAUACGUGGUUGUGAUCGACUCAUCAACAUCGAAUUGGGCAGAAUGUGAGCUGGCUGGACGCCAGCUGCAACGUUCGAGGCACAACUGGGUGGUGCGAAAGAAGCACGACGUCAUCAACUCUCGACCGUUUGCAAAAUGCAAGCAAAUAUAGUUCUGAACAGACUUGCAGGAAACGUCAGUGAACAAUGUCUUGGUCCCGAGUACAAUGAGCCUGGGCCCUAUCCCGUGAAAGAGGAAGAAGAGCCGGAGAACCUGCAAGAAAACGAGGAGCAGGAGCACCUCCCAAAUAUAAAGGAGGAGAAGCCUCCUUACGUUAACGAGGAAUCAGGGGACCCGCACGUUAAAGAGGAGGUGAUGCUGCAGAUAUCCAGUAUCAAAAAGGAGGAGGAAGAGCCACCACAAAUUAAAGAGGAAGAUCAGAUCACCACGUUUUUAGUGACUGGUGUUGAAGGUGAAGAUCUAAGUGAAGCAAGCAGAGGGCCUCUGAGCGGCAGCUCACCAGAAAGAUCCCAAGCAGAAGGCCUCAUAGCGCCACUGUCAGAAAGCGACGACGGCACGUCACACUCGCCUGACGUUGACGAUGAAGGUCAGAUGGGUCACGAAAACAAACGAUGGAAAUGCUCUCUAUGUGGCAAAUGUUUUGGCCAAACGUGUCAUUUCAAAAAUCAUAUGAUGAGCCACACUGGCGAGAAACCAUUCCAGUGCUCAGUUUGUGAUAAAAAAUUCUCGAGAAAGGAACACUUACAAAGACACACAAGGACACACACCGGAGAGAAACCCUUUUCCUGUUCAGUUUGUGGGCAGAAAUUCACUCACAAGGAAUCCUUAAAAAGUCACACGAGAAGACACACCGGCGAGAAACCUUUCUCCUGCUCAAUUUGUGGGAUAUCCUUCUCUUACAAGGAUUCCUUAAAUUGUCACAUGAGAAGCCACACUGGUGAGAAACCAUUCUCCUGCUCAAUUUGCGGGGAGAAAUUUGCUCGGAGGCAAGUCUUAAAAAUACACUCGUGGACGCACUCUGGUGAGAAACCUUUCUCCUGCUCAAUUUGUGACCAAAAAUUCUCCCGGAAAGAAUACUUACAGCAACACACGAGAUCCCACAUUGGUGAGAAACCUUUCACCUGCUCAGUCUGUGGUAAAAAAUUCAAAUUAAAUAGAGGGUUACAAAUGCACACAAGAAUCCACACUGGGGAGAAACCAUUUGCCUGCUCAUUUUGCGGCCAAACAUUCGCUUACAAGGAAUCUUUAAAACUCCACGUGAGAAUACACACAGGGGAGAAACCUUUUGCCUGCGCAGUUUGUGGCCAGACAUUCACUCAAAGGGACUCUUUGAAAGUGCACACAAGAACCCACACUGGUGAGAAACCUUUUUCAUGUCCAGUUUGUGACCGAAGAUUCACUCAAAAAAGUCAUUUGAAGAAUCAUGCAAGAAGACAUACUGUCGAGAAGCCUUUCUCCUGCUCACUUUGUGAUAAAACAUUCACUCGCAAGGAAAACUUUGUAAAUCACACAAUGAGGCACACGGGUGAAAAAUCUUCUCCAGAAGAUUCCCUGACAAGUCAAGUUUACGAAUACACCCAAGAACCCACACUGGAGAGAAACCUUUCGCACACUCAGUUUGUGGACAAAGAGUCUAUGUAAAGCAGAACUUGAGUGUACACACAAGAAAUCACGCAGUCUAGAAACCUUUUGUGGAGGAGUUUGUGAUCCAAAAGCCACUGGGAAGGUACCCUUAAAUGGGAUCUGCGACGGAAUUCUAUUUUGUUGCUAUGAUUUGUUUGCAAUGGAUUUCGUUUGUCAAAGAGCUGUGUGAAUGAGCAGAUAUUGUGACGUCAACGCACACCUUAUUAUGCAAGUUCCUGUCAACUUGGGGCUUCAAGCAUGCCGGCUCAUCUCAGGAAAGAAGCAUAGCUCACUGUUGCAUUCACGUUCAAACUCGGUUGAUAAAUGGCUUCACCUUGUUUUGAGGGGCAUCGCUAAGCAAUUUGGACCUACGAUUUUACUGCGUUCAAGAUAAUUUUGAGAAGAAGAUCAAAUGUUGUCACUUAACCUGAAAACCUUUAUAGAGCAAGUGACUCAAAAUCUUAAAAUCAGUUGAAAAAUAGCUAUAAUUUACCUUUUGCACGUUUUAAGUUGGGCUGUACUAUGCACGAGCAAGAAGGGUGUGUGUGUGAGACAAAAAGCACUUUAAAAAAUUAAUUUAUUGAAAACAGGCUGAAAUAGGGUUAAAAAGACUAUCGCUAAAAAAAUAACAAAACUCUCCAAACCAUAACAAAACAUUUCCUGAGUAUGAUACAGUAAUUAACUCAUUUGCUCCCAAAAACGUAUAAAUACGUUCUAUUUUUAAUUGUUUCAGUGUCCCAAAAAUGUAUUUAUACGUCUUUUACAUUUUUCUCUAAGUUCUGUUGCACCUAAACUGCAAUGCACAAUGCUCAAAACUCAUUUUAAAGCAAUAAAACUGGCCACUGGAGGGCAGUAGCGCAUUUUGUAAGAACCCAUCUUGGGCCAAGAAAGGAAGUGAAGAAAAAUAGUCAGGAAACGAAAGUUGGAGAUCUUGUGAAGACGUGUGAGAAAAUGUGGGGAACGAUCGGAAAAAAGGCAAACAACACUGGAGGAGUGUUUUGAAAAGAAAACGAAACCAUCGUCAAAGAUUAAAAAAAAAUAUCUUGAUGAGACCGACGGUGACGGCCACAACAGCAUCAGGUUCCAUAGCGUUCUACGGAGCUCACGUUGUGUUACUUCUGAGCCCGAAGUUUAAACCAACAAUGAAGAUGAUGAAAAAAGUGAGACCGAUCUUGAUCCGGACUCCGCAGAUUACUGGGAGCCACCUCAUUCAACCGGGAGCAGCCAAGAGCCUUCUCCGUUGUUAUGUGCGCAAAAAGUUCAA